ACCGCCGCCGCCGCCACUGCCCUGUGUCGCCGCCUACCCUUCAGAAAGAUGGUCAAGGACGGGACCAUCACAGAAAAACAACCGAGUCGAUCCGUAGCGCUCGUGGCCUUCUCCGGCAAUGACUAUGCAGGCACCGGCGUCAUUGGCCUAAGUAGCCCCAACGAUAUUAAUGCUUAUAUUGGGAAGGUGACAAAAGAGAUUGCAGCUAAUGUGGAUCAAUUGUUCAAGCUCGGGGUGACAAAGGUUAUUGUCAAUAACAUGCACCCUAUCAGUUGCACACCAUCACACACCCGAACCAACAACUACACCACGUGUGAUAUUUUUGGAAACUUGGGGGCAUCAGUUCAUAACGAUAAUCUGAAACGAGUUAUGACAUCAAAGAAGAAUGUCUACAUCAUCGACGUGUACACCGCCUUUGCUAAUAUUGUGGAUCAUGGGGCAGGUAAAGGCUCAGAACUGUCCAAACAAUUCAAGGGCAAACUAUCGCCGUGCUGCGAGAGUUUGGACUCGAAGGGUUACUGCGGACAGCAAGGCGAGUCAUCCGCGGAGCUUCUAUACACUGUGUGCGACAAGUCGAGAAUUUUUUUCUAUUGGGAAGACGUGCACCCAACCCAUGCAGGAUGGGAGGUUGUGAUGAAACAAUUGGAAAAGCCCUUGAAGGAGUUUGUAAAUCAAGCCUAG